AUGGUUUUGCUAAAGCAAAAUCCUCCUAUCUUCGAUGGGAUAGGAGAGCCAGCAAAGGCCGAGACUUGGAUAUGCGCUUUGGAGCGUAUUAUCACAGUUCUGAUGUGCAACGAUGAGGAACGAAUGACUUGUGUGACCUAUGGGUCAGCCGACAUCUGGUGGGAUACCAAGAUGAAGACUACGCCACGAGAUCAAGUGGGUAGAAUGACUUGGGAGAACUUUAAGGAGGAGAUAUAUAUCAAGUACGUACCAACGAGCUACCGAAAAGCAAAGGCGGCUGAGUUUUACAACUUAACCCAAGGGCGCAUGUCGGUGACUGAAUAUGACCGCACCUUCCGCGAUAUGACCCAGUAUGCGCUGGAUCAGGUUGACACAGAUGAGAAACUGGCCGAGAAGUUCCGUGAAGGGUUGAGACAUGAGAUAAGAAUGUCAUUAGCUAGCCGUGAGAGACUUACAUACGCGGAAGCAUUGGCCCUUGAACUAGACGUUGAGGCAGCUAUGCCCAAGGAGAGAGUAACGGAGAACACUACACUGGCACUGCCUCCACCAAAUUAUUCUCGAGAGAAGAGAAAGUGGGAUGAAAAAUAA